AUGGAAUCAAUACUACAAGUCGCAAAGUGUGAAAUAUUAGAAAGGCAACACCCUGCAGUAGCAUCAUUUUUGAAAAACAGAGUCAGAGAGGAAUCAUCCAGUGUGCCAUCAAAAGCCAUGUAUGAAAAUACCUGCCAGUAUGUUGCAAAACUUGAAGAGGUCAGCACCUUUUCAACCAAUACCCUACAGAAGUGUGAUACUGAGAUAGCUAAAUGCAGCCCUGCUGGAGUACCCAAAAAAGGUACAGUAGUUUCCACUUUUCAGAAGAGAUGAUAGUGUUUUUAUAGUAGAAAAUAGACCUAUAUUAACACACAAAUUGGAAAUGUUAGCCAUAUAGGUUAAUACAUUUAUGCAUUAAUCUCGAAUCAGGACUUGGGGUGGGGAGAAAAAUUUAAAAUUGGCUUCUGAACUUUAAUAGUUGCUUUAUAUGCACUUUAAUAUGCACUUUAAUAUAGGUUACAAGGAUGAGUUGGAUUUCCUAUCAAAGAGUAUAAGACCUCAACUUAUUGAGAUUGACACUUCCAUCAAAGGAAAGGCACAACAGGCUCGUGAGUGCAUGGAUGCAGCCAGAGAGAAGCAUGGGUAUUCAAUUGUGUACAAAAGUGCAAAGCGGAAAAGAAAAAGUGGAAAAUCAAGUAUGUCCGCACAUGCAAGUCAAGCCAAGGAUGGUGAUUAUAAAACAACUACACUGAUUAAUGAAAUCAGUGAUUCAGAUUCAGAAUCAAUGUCAGAGGAGCAAGAUUAA